GGCCAGUUGUCUCGGCAUGGCGGAGUGGAAGAGACGCUUGUUUGGAUUGUGACGCGAACACGUAAGCUAUAUCGUGUUCCGUUUCGAGGAAAAGGCGUGAAUUUUUGUACGCGUUUCCCUCGCCGUGAGAGCUCGUCUUGGGGAAGAUGGCGGAGCGAGGCGUGGAUGUGUCGGCUCUGCCGAAAGAGGUCAGGGACCAGCUGGCCGAGUUGGAGCUGGAGCUGUCCGAAGGUGACAUCACCCAGAAAGGAUACGAGAAGAAAAGGGUCAAGCUGUUGGCUCCCUUCCUCUCACAGACACCAAGUGGGGAUUCGGGCUUGCAGAGUAACCAGCAGGGGUCCAGCCCCAGUGUGAAUGCUGUCCAGGACCCAGCUGUGGAGCCCGCUGCUGGCCCCUCCACUUCCACCUCGUCCGGCCGUUGCCGGAGGUCUCAUCGUAGCGGGGGUGCCAGGGACGACCGGUACAGAUCUGACAUCCACACAGAGGCAGUGCAGGCUGCCCUUGCCAAGCACAAAGAGCAGAAGAUGGCCUUGCCCAUGCCUACCAAGCGCCGCUCAGCCUAUGUUCAGUCUCCGGUUGACAACUGCACUCCUCCCGAUACCUCCUCAGCCUCUGAGGACGAGAGCUCCCUGCACCACCAGGCCUCCAUGAGUGAAGUGCCAGGUCAGAGCCUGCAAAGCCCAGACUCCUGGAUCAACCGCUCCCUGCAGGGCUCUUCUACCUCUUCCUCUGCCUCCUCCACCCUGUCGCAUGGCGAGGGCAAGGCGCAGCCCUCUGCUCUGGCCGAUGUACUGGCACACGCUCGCAUAGAAAACAGCAUUAUCCCCCCCGAUGUCACUUCAUCUGCAGCCCAGGAGAGGGCACCUCGCGUAGACUUGCCCCCCAAUGCCCCUGUUCGGGGCAUGAGCCGGGGACAGAGCCGAUCCAGCAUGAUGGACACAGCAGACGGAAAAGGGGUUCCUGUCAGCAGCAGGGUGUCUACCAAGAUCCAGCAGUUGCUCAACACCUUGAAGCGACCGAAGAGGCCACCACUACGCGAGUUCUUCAUGGAUGACUCGGAGGAGAUAGUUGAGGUGCCCCAGCCAGAUCCCAACACCCCCAAACCAGAGGGCCGCCAGAUCAUUCCAGUAAAGGGAGAACCCCUGGGCGUGGUCAGUAACUGGCCUCCAGCCCUUCAGGCAGCUCUUGCCAGAUGGGGGGCCACACAGGCUAAGAGCCCAGCCCUCACCACGUUGGACAUCACAGGAAAGCCCCUCUACACGCUGACCUAUGGAAAACUGUGGACCCGCAGUGUGAAGCUUGCAUACACCCUCCUCAACAAGCUGGGCACCAAGGCUGAGCCCGUGCUAAAGCCUGGCGAUCGGGUAGCCCUGGUGUACCCCAACAGUGAUCCUGGGAUGUUCUGGGUGGCCUUUUACGGUUGCCUUCUGGCUGAGGUCAUUCCAGUACCAAUAGAAGUGCCGCUGUCUCGCAAGGAUGCAGGAAGUCAGCAGAUUGGCUUCUUGCUGGGUAGCUGUGGGGUGGGUCUUGCCCUCACCAGUGAGGUGUGUCUGAAAGGGCUGCCCAAGACCCCUAAUGGAGAAAUAUUACAAUUUAAAGGUUGGCCACGGCUGAAGUGGGUCGUCACCGAUUCCAAGUACCUCACAAAGCCCUCCAAGGAUUGGCAGCCCCACAUUCCCACUGCCAACAAUGACAUUGCCUACAUUGAGUACAAAGCUAGUAAGGAAGGCACAGUGAUGGGAGUAGCAGUCUCCAAGGUGGCCAUGCUGACCCACUGCCAGGCUCUGACUCAGGCCUGCAACUACAGUGAAGGAGAGACACUGGUCAACGUGCUGGACUUUAAGAAGGACAUGGGUUUGUGGCAUGGUGUUCUCACGAGCGUUAUGAAUCGGAUUCACACAGUCAGUGUCCCCUACGCUGUGAUGAAGGCUUGUCCCAUGUCUUGGGUGCAGAGGGUCCACCUUCAUAAAGCACGGGUGGCCCUGGUGAAGUGUCGCGACCUGCACUGGGCCAUGAUGGCUCAUCGGGAGCAGCGGGACGUCAGCCUGGCAUCGCUACGCAUGCUCAUUGUGGCAGAUGGGGCAAACCCCUGGUCUGUUUCAUCAUGUGACGCUUUCCUCAACGUGUUCCAAAUCCAUGGCCUGAAGCCUGAGGUUAUCUGCCCCUGUGCCACCUCCCCAGAGGCCAUGACGGUGGCUAUACGCAGACCAGGCGUUCCCGGGGCACCCCUCCCUGCACGGGCCAUCUUGUCAAUGGCAGGGCUGAGCCACGGGGUUAUCCGAGUCAACACGGAAGACAAGAACUCGGCCCUCACCGUGCAGGAUGUGGGUCAUGUCAUGCCUGGAGCCCUCAUGUGUAUUGUGAAGCCGGACGGACCGCCGCAGCUCUGUAAGACAGACGAGAUUGGGGAGAUUGUGGUAAACUCCCGCGCUGGGGGCACCAUGUACUAUGGCCUGCCAGGGGUGACCAAGAAUACCUUUGAGGUGAUUCCCGUCAAUUCCAGUGGUGCCCCAAUAGGCGAGAUCCCCUUUGUUCGGUCAGGGCUCCUUGGCUUUGUGGGACCGGGUAGUCUAGUGUUUGUUGUGGGGAAGAUCGAGGGCCUGCUGAUGGUGAGCGGUAGGCGGCACAAUGCCGACGACCUGGUGGCUACCGCACUGGCUGUGGAGCCAGUCAAGACCGUGUACCGGGGGAGGAUCGCUGUGUUCUCUGUGACGGUGUUCUACGACGAGAGGAUUGUGAUUGUGGCAGAGCAGAGGCCUGAAGCCAGUGAGGAGGACAGCUUUCAGUGGAUGAGCCGAGUGUUGCAGGCCAUAGACAGCAUUCACCAGGUAGGACUGUAUUGCCUGGCUCUGGUCCCUGCCAACACCUUGCCCAAGACGCCCCUGGGAGGCAUCCAUGUUUCAGAAACCAAGCAGCACUUCCUGGAGGGCAACCUGCAUCCCUGCAACAUUCUCAUGUGCCCUCACACCUGCGUUACCAAUCUGCCCAAGCCACGCCAGAAACAGCCAGUGGGUGUUGGACCAGCCUCCAUCAUGGUUGGCAAUCUGGUGGCAGGCAAGAGAAUUGCCCAGGCAGCUGGCAGAGACCUGGGACUGAUCGAAGACCAAGAUUUGGUCAGGAAGCUCUGUAUGUGGCCCACAAUGAUGCAUCAAUUCCUGACAGAGGCUCUGCAGUGGAGAGCUCAAACAGACCCAGACCACACCCUGUUUGUGCUUCUCAACGCCAAGGGAACUGCGGUGUGUGCAGCUACUUGCGUCCAGUUGCACAAGCGGGCUGAGAAGAUCGCUGCUGCCCUGUCUGAGAGGGGGAGUCUGAACACUGGGGACAACGUGGUGCUGCUGUAUCCUCCUGGCAUUGACCUGAUCGCCUCUUUCUACGGAUGUUUGUAUGCUGGCUGCGUUCCGGUCACGGUUCGACCUCCCCAUCCGCAAAACCUGACUGCCACUCUUCCUACCGUUCGCAUGAUCAUUGACGUCAGCAAGGCUGCCUGCAUACUCACCACCCAAAAUCUUAUGAAGAUUCUCAGAUCGAAAGAAGCCGCUGCUGCUGUGAACAUAAAAACAUGGCCAACUAUCAUAGACACAGAUGACCUCCCGCGCAAACGCCCUCCCCAGAUCUAUAAGCCCCCAACGGCAGAGAUGUUGGCCUACCUGGACUUUAGUGUGUCCACAACGGGCAUGCUGACUGGGGUCAAGAUCUCCCAUGCAGCUGUCAGCGCCCUGUGUCGUUCCAUCAAACUUCAGUGUGAGCUCUACUCGUCACGACAAAUUGCCAUCUGCCUGGACCCUUACUGCGGCCUGGGUUUUGUACUGUGGUGCCUCUGCAGUGUGUACUCAGGCCACCAGUCUAUCCUGAUCCCCCCGAUGGAGCUUGAAACCUCCCUUCCACUGUGGCUUAGCACACUGAGUCAGUACCGCAUCAGGGACACCUUCUGCUCCUACUCUGUCAUGGAACUCUGCACCAAGGGGCUGGGAACACAGACUGAAGCACUGAAGCUACGGGGGGUGAACCUGUCAUGCGUGCGCAGCUGUGUAGUGGUCGCUGAGGAGCGGCCUCGCCUAGCCCUCACGCAGUCCUUCUCCAAGCUCUUCAAGGACCUGGGGUUGUCACCCCGAGCUGUCAGCACUGCCUUCGGCUCCCGUGUCAACCUGGCUAUCUGCCUGCAGGGCACAACUGGACCAGACCCCUCCAUAGUCUAUGUGGAUAUGAAAUCCCUGCGGCAUGACAGGGUGCGGCUGGUGGAGCGAGGAGCCCCCCAGAGCUUACCACUCAUGGAGUCUGGGACGAUCCUGCCGGGAGUGCGAGUGAUAAUUGUGAACCCAGAGACACGGGGACCUCUUGGAGACUCUCAUCUUGGAGAGGUCUGGGUGAACAGUCCACACAGUGCCAGCGGCUACUAUACCAUUUAUGGGGAGGAGAGCCUACAGGCAGACCACUUCAACACCAGGCUGAGCUUUGGUGACCCACAGACCUUAUGGGCUCGGACUGGCUAUCUGGGUUUUGUCAGGAGAACUGAACUCUUGGAUGCAAGUGGAGACCGUCACGAUGCUCUUUUUGUGGUGGGCUCUCUGGAUGAGACCCUUGAGCUCCGAGGCUUGCGCUAUCACCCCAUCGACAUUGAGACAUCUGUGUCACGUGCUCAUCGCAGCAUCGCUGAGAGUGCUGUCUUCACGUGGACCAAUCUUCUGGUGGUAGUAUCGGAACUAUGUGGGUCUGAACAGGAUGCGCUAGACCUGGUGCCCCUGGUCACUAAUGUGGUAUUAGAGGAACAUCACCUGGUGGUUGGUGUUGUGGUCAUAGUGGACCCUGGAGUCAUUCCCAUCAACUCCCGUGGGGAGAAACAGAGGAUGCACCUCCGAGACUCCUUUUUGGCAGACCAGCUAGACCCCAUUUAUGUGGCCUAUAACAUGUGAAGAGCCAGCAGCAGUGCAUAGUGCAUCUUAGCUCACCUGUGGACCUUGAGGAGGACGAACAGGGGAAUAUUACCGUGUCCCCUAUCCAUUCCAUGCACAAUGCAGAUUUUUGAGGUUGGCAAGUCGGAUGCGAGCGUGUUUAUGUGUGUACAGAGGUGUGAACCAAAUUACUCAAACCACUUCCUGGAGCAUCAGUGCUUUUCAAAUGACAUGCCUGUUUUACUUUAGCUCAAAAGGGAGGGCAGAGUGAAGGUAGUGCUGUAGAGAUACUUUGGAUCUUCACCCUCACUGUUCUGCCUCUUCACAUCCAUCAGGAGGUGUUCAGAUUUCCUUAUGUUUAGGAUAACUGAAGCAGUUGGGGGCAGGUAGAUAUGGUGGGACAUGCUGUUGGUCACAAAUACUGAUGACACAUUGGCUUUUUGUAAAGCAAAGAAAAAGAAGAAAUGGAAGGAAGCAUGGAUUAGAUGAGUUCUGCAUCUGUUUCUAGACAAUUUCUUAAAACAGAUUGUUACCUUCUAAACACUGCUGCUUACAGUAGUAUAAAUGUAUCCGCAUCUAAUUCCUCUUUCCUGCCUUUACUCCAGGGGGGGUGUGGUGGUGCAGCAGGUUUGGCCUGUGCCUGCUCUCUGGUGGGUCUGGGGCUCAA